UCUGUCUCCGAACAGAGUUCCUGCUCGGUUAAGGUUUCUCCACGUUAACGCUUCUCCGGAGUUUAACUGAACUCGCUCCUGUCGCUUAACAAUGAGCGAGCGGAGUAGAAACGCAGUGAGAACAACACUUCAGCUGACCUGUCUGCUCCUCUGCGUUCUGGGGUUGGUAGUGGGCUUGAGUGGAGUCUAUCUGCUGAUGAAGUUCUGGCAGGGCAUCUUGUGUUUUUCGAACACCUACAUCACCAUGCCAGCGAUCCUCACCCUUGCCAGCGCUGCGUUCCUCAUAGCCAGCGGGUGCCUCGGCUCGUGGUUGAGCCUCAGGGAUUCCAUCUGUCUGCAGGGCCUGUUUGUUUAUCUCCUCGUCGUGGUCUUCUGUCUGGAAAGUACGGCUACUGCGUUGGCUUAUUUCCAUUCUGUGAAGCUGGAUUCAGAAACAACUUCCCUCAGUGGAGUCUUUCAGAAUUACACAGGAAACAGCCAGGACCCCAGCUCUCGAGCUGUGGAUACUAUGCAGGAGCAAUUGCAGUGUUGUGGUGUCCAUGACUACAUGGACUGGAUUAAAACCCCCUGGUUCAAUCGCACUGGUGAGCGAGCUUUGCCCCAAAGCUGCUGCAACUCUACUUUCCUUUCCUGCAAUGGCACUGUGGAGCAGCAGCUUUACAAACAGGGAUGCCAGGUCAAGCUGGAGAAGGCUUUACAGUUCGUGCUGAGUUUUAUCAUCUGGGGCCUUCCGGUGGUUUUUCUGGUCGAGGCUGUCGUUUUAAUAAUGGUGGCACAGCUGAUGAGGGAGCGACCAUUCAUGGAAUAUCAAAUACUGGGCAAAAACUGAACUGCACUGCACAGAUCCCGUCACAUCUCUCUGUUGUGACUGUUGUUAAAUGAUUGUUUCUUAGGUGCAGACACACUUGUGAACUCACCUAUCCCACUAUACUGCCAAUAUAUGUGUAUAUAUAUAUAUGUGCACUACAAAACCUUCCACAUGAAAUUAGGUUAAAGAUGUUAUGCACAUGAUGCAGUUGUGUUGUUGAUAGGGCUGGGCAACGAUUAAAAGUUUUAAUCGCGAUUAAUCGCAUGAUUUCCCUGAUUAAUCACGAUUAAUCGCAUUUGUAUACGCAAAAUCCAAUAAUGAAUUAAAAAGUAGUGUAUAGCGCAAUUUUAUUUUCAAUGUUCUGCCAUAUGAACGAAAGUGCCAUAACAUUUGUUGUGCAAACACUUUUAACAUCAGCAUUUAAUACAGUAGCAGUUAAAUAAAAUAUUCAGUGUAAAUCUCAACUUAACAAUGUUAUCAAAGCAAAUACAAAAUUAAAGCUCAAUGCCACUGCCAGGGCAUUAAAGUUAUCCUCUUCGUUAUGAAAAAUGUAUACUCCUCCCUGCGUCUAACGUAGUCUGCCGAAGCCUCGCUCCGCUCGCUGUUUCGUUGAGUGAUUUGCUGAUAUCAACUGUGUGUUUUGCAUUUAGGUGAUACUUUAGACUGGAAGUACUCCGGUGAUAAGAAAAUUCACCUUGGCAGUGGCUACAAAUUACUUUGGUUCUGUCGACUCCGCCGUCUGGAAGAACUCUGACUUUCACAAUAAAACAAUAAAUAAUCAAACCUGAGUUAAUACGAGAUAAAAUAAUUGUCUGAGUUAAAUAAGUGAUGAGUGAACUCGAUUAAAACGAGUUAACUUGCCCAGCCCUAGUUGUUGAUGAUGGUUUAUGGAAAGCAGUUUAUUGCUUUAAAGAUGAUUAUAUUGCUGAGUGGUGAUCUUUCACAUGUUAGUACUUUUAAACAAAUUAGUGUGAUAUGAUGACUUGUGUUCAUGUGCAAUGUUAUAUUGUCUUGACCUUGAUUUUUGUUUUUUAUUAUUAUUAUUGUAGACAAAGCACUUUUUCCACUGCUUCUGUGUGUAAUGUUAAUACAGAGAAACAGGAACAUUUCUGAGGGAAAUUAAACCAAAAACUGAUAUAAA